AAAUGCCACCCCAAUAAGCAUUUCAGCUCUGGGCCAUGGGACAUUGGGCGAACUCUAUAGAAGGGAAAGAGUACCGUAAGCAGGCGGUGGAAAGGAGAGAAAAAAAGAGGGCGGGGGGACUACGUACGGGUAAAAGGAAGAAGAGAGAGUGCGGUAGCAGGGGAAGUGACACUACGCUUUAACCUGUUUUCCGCGAAGCUUUUACGCACUCGCUCUCUCUUAUUGAGAGAGAGCGGGAGAUAGCCACCCUUCGCAGGAGAUUCACUGAGAGCCUGAAAGAUAGAGAGAGAGUGUGUUUUGUAUGCUUGUGGGGACUUUUCGCCAGCGAAUUGGCCCAGUAUCCAUUCGGCCGUGUUCCCAUAAUGUCCGCCAGCGGUCGUCGCUACUGUCGCAGCCGUUGCCAAAGUUGUCAUUGUCAUCCGUACCAGCAGAAUCAGAAUCAGAUUCAGAAGCAGCAGCAUCAGCAUCAGCAGAAGCAGCAAUAGAAGCAGCGGAGCAGCAGCUUAAAAAUACAUUUUCACAAAAAUGAAGCAAGCGAGCGGAGCUAGAAAAAUGUGUGCCACAAGAACCAACAGGAAGUUGAAGAAAUCCUCAAAGAAGAACCUGAACUAUAUAGACAACAAAUACUGAAAUAAAGAAUAAAAAG